ACCCCUCGCCACCUCGCCGCCUCCGCCCACCCAACAGCCGCGACGACCUCCCCCACGCCGCCGCCGUCACCGCCGCCAUAUAAACAAAACCCCGCCGCCUCCUACGCCCCGCCUCGGCAUCCUCCGCCUCGGACGCAUGGCCCACCCUCACCUCCUCCUCCCGUCCCCCAAGCCCCUCCUCCCAGCCGCCGCCAAUCCGUCGCGCCGCGCCGUCGCCGUCCGCGCGGCGCUCUCCACCGCUUCGACGCCCGCCAAGGCGGCGGCGGGCGCGGAGGCGGUGCGAUCGAUCCGCGCGCGGCAGAUCGUGGACAGCCGCGGGAACCCCACCGUCGAGGUCGAUCUCGUCUCCGGCGACGGCCGCCUCCACCGCUCCGCGGUGCCCAGCGGGGCGUCCACGGGGAUCUACGAGGCGCUCGAGCUCCGCGAUGGGGACAAGGCCGUGUAUGGCGGGAAGGGCGUGCUCCAAGCCGUGCGCAACAUCAACGAGAUCAUCGCGCCCAAGCUCGUCGGCGUUGAUGUGAGGAACCAGAGCGAUGUUGAUGCAAUCAUGCUAGACAUUGAUGGAACUCCAAAUAAAUCAAAGCUGGGUGCCAAUGCUAUUCUUGGAGUCUCCUUAAGUGUAUGCAGGGCAGGCGCUGGUGCUAAGGGAGUUCCUCUGUAUAAACAUGUUCAAGAGCUAGCAGGAAUUAAGGAGCUUGUAAUGCCUGUCCCAGCUUUCAAUGUAAUAAAUGGAGGUAGCCAUGCUGGCAACAAUCUAGCCAUGCAGGAGUUCAUGCUUUUACCCGUUGGAGCAACUUCAUUUGCUGAGGCUUUUCGGAUGGGGAGUGAAGUUUACCAUGCCCUGAAGGGCAUUAUUAAGGCAAAAUAUGGACAAGAUGCAUGCAAUGUUGGAGAUGAAGGUGGCUUUGCUCCUAAUGUUCAAGACAACAGAGAGGGCCUUGUCUUGCUUAUGGAUGCCAUUGAGAAGGCAGGCUAUACUGGAAAGAUAAAAAUUGGAAUGGAUGUUGCGGCGUCAGAAUUUCUUACGAAGGAUGGAAGCUAUGACCUGAACUUCAAGAAUCAGCCUAAUGAUGGAGCCCAUGUUCUUUCAGCCCAGCGUCUGGGUGAGCUGUACAGAGAUUUCGUCAAGGACUUCCCUAUUGUAUCAAUUGAGGACCCUUUUGAUCAAGAUGACUGGAGCUCAUGGGCUUCAUUGCAGUCCUCAGUUGAUAUCCAAAUUGUUGGUGAUGAUUUACUUGUCACAAACCCAAAACGUAUAGCGGAGGCUAUUGACAGGAAGGCUUGCAAUGCUCUAUUGCUGAAGGUGAACCAGAUUGGUUCUGUCACUGAAUCAAUUCAAGCUGCUCUUGAUUCAAAAGCUGCUGGCUGGGGUGUGAUGGUCAGCCACAGAAGUGGUGAAACAGAAGAUAACUUCAUCGCAGACCUGGCUGUUGGCUUAGCUAGUGGGCAGAUUAAAACAGGUGCUCCUUGCCGCAGCGAGAGGCUGGCAAAAUACAAUCAGCUUCUGCGGAUCGAAGAGGAGCUAGGCAACGUGCGCUACGCUGGGGAAGCAUUCAGGUCGCCAUAAGAACUAUACAUGCUUCAGAAUGUAGUAGAGCGUAAAUUGGCUGUACUGUCGAGUAGAAAUAAAAGCACUAGACGGUUGCAAGUUAUGCCGUUCAUCCAUGAUCCAUGUACGAUGCACCACGAGUCAUCCCAGUUUUCUUGCGGGGUUAUUAUCUCUAUAUGCACCUUAACUUCUGCACUGGCAUCAACUACAAAAACGCACCAUAUGAAUUCCACAAGUGCAUCUUAUUUGCACGCAAAGGCUGGUUAAGUGCAUUUCAGUUUU